AUGCGUUUCCUCGCUGCCAUUCUUCCCCUCGCCCUCAUCGCGGGAGUGAAUGCCAUCAAGCCCGAGGCGAUCCGCGAAACUGAAGAGGGCUUCGAGGUCCUCGCCGCCAAGUGCAGCGACGACUACUUCACCUGCAUCACCAGCUGCCCGUUGCUCGCUCCCGGCCCAUUCUGCGCGACGUGGCCGCUGAACUGUGCCAUUAUUUACUGUUAA